AUGGCACCCUUCAAGCCCGACGCGCCUGCUUGGCUUACAGGCUCCGCGAAGAAGGAGAAGAAGAAGAAGCCGCAGGUCGCCAGAUCGCCUGAGGCUAAGAUGCCGAUACCUGAUAGCAAGCUGAGCCAAAGCGUUUCAGUUUCUGCGAAGAAAAAGAAGAACAAAAGCAAGAAGAAGAAGCCCAAGACUCGCGCUGGAGGUGACCUCGCCGACGACGAGCAGCCUUCGGAUGUGAGUGGUUUCGUCAAAGGCCAGAGCCCAACCCUCUCUACUAAUGACGCGACCUUUGUCACGGUCGAGGAGUCCGAUCCUCAAGAGGAAGAAGUGGCCAGGAUCAAGAAGGAGCCUGUCAGCCCUACUAUUCCCAAGGAGAAUGCCCCGCCUCUCCGUUCUGAGAGCCGCAUCCCGCUCCCACCUUACCCUCCGUAUGAGCCCGCAACCAAGAGGUCCGCUUCGCCCUCUCCGAGCUCCCAGCUCCAGGUUGAGAAUCCACUGAUGUCGCUGGUCAAGAACAUCAACGUCAGAAAUGAGAAGCAUCAAUCUCCUUCGAAGGCUACUACCAAGUCGAUGCAAAAAUUCUUGAACAAGUUGACUCCCACCGUCCUGAACUCGACUCUGGAUCAGACCCAGACCUUCCCGCCUACUUCGCCUCUCAACACCAAGACCCCUCUCGGACAGAUGCCCAAUAGGAUGUUGCAGUUCGACUCGUCGCCCAACAACCGUUUUUCUCCAUCCAAGUCCGAGAACAAGUGCACCCCCGUCCCGUUGCCGAUUACCGGCGGCAAAGGCUUUCCAGCGGCUCCCAGGCUCGGCACACCGUUUAGGGCUACGGCAGGCACGCAAGAGGAUCCGCUCACUCCCGCCGACAUUGACGCGAUUCUGCACAGCGUGGCGUCCAAGAAGAGCAGCGACAACGGAAGCGAGCGCGGAGUUGUUAUGAUGCACGGCUAUAUCAUCGAGGAUGCCCAUGAGGCAAAUGUCGGCAUGACCAAUACCACCAUCGUCAAGCACGAGCAGCAGCAAGAGGACUCUGCCACCGCUGAAGCUUUGUCGAAGAAGUCCAAAAAGUCCAAGAAGGGCGACAAGAAGCGCCGCCUUGAAGAGUCCAACGCUUUGGAGGAGGAUGACACUAUCACUGUCUCUGCUGCUAAGAAGGCAAAGAAGAGCAGAAAGAACAAGAAGGCGAAGAUGAUUGGCGAGGAGGAGGAGCACCACUACCAGGAUACCAUGGAUCUUGAUGGUCCCACCCAACUGGACGAUACCACAGUCAUUGCCGAGACCACGCAAAUCGAAGUGGACAUGCAACUUGACGAAGAGGUCAUGCAACUUGUCAAGAACGACCAUGCCGGCCACGCUUCUGAGACUGUUACUGUUUCGGCGCCCAAGGAGGAUGUGGAGGAGACUCUCGUCGAUGAGUCCGCUUCUGCCAUCAAUAAGAAGAAGACUAAGAAGAGCCGCAAGGCUAAGAAGGGUCAGGUUGAAGUCGAGGAGCAUCAACACAUCCAGGAUGACGAGCAGGCUGCUAACGUCAUCAACGUCGCCAACUCCAAGCACAAGGAGCAGGUCACCGAUGUGGCUGCUGCCACCAACCCCUCACCCGCCACCGAGCCGAAGGUGUCCAAGAAAGGACGCAAGCCGAAGACAGAGGAGCAAGACUCCGAGCAGGACGCCACCCUCCCAAGCACCACCGCCUCAAACGUCGCCGCCACCAUGGCCGCGAGCAACCCCCUUCUCUCCAUAGCCAAACAAGUCGUCAAGUUCGACAACAACCUGUCCUUCCACACCGAGACUUUCCAAACCGAACUCUCCACCAUCAAAAACUCACUCGCCAGCCUCGAGCAGCGCAUCCAAGCUAACGAGCUCCGCGCCUCCGUCCGUCACGAGAUCUUGUUCAACGCCAUGAAUAAGAUCGCUACGGAUAUGCACACGCUCGGUACCAUCGUCUGUUCUGCCCGCUUUUCCAAGGGCGGUGAUAGCAACAGCCACAAUGACCACGACAUCAACAAUGUCAACAACAGCCCCGACUCUUCUUCCCCAGGUUCCGUCGAGCGUGAUCGUCUGCAACGUUCCGUCCGCGCCACAGCCGUUGCCCCGUCCGUUGGUGUUGGUCGUAAGGGAUACGGUCAGAGUAUGACUCCUAUUCCGCUUCCGAGGAAUGGUAAUGGUAUUGGUCAGAGGGUGUUUAGCAGCCAUCAUGGUGGUCGUCAGACCCCGGCUUUGGGUGUUAAGCCUACCAAUACCAAUACCGCUGGUGGUGCCAGUGCCGGUCUCAGUGGUGCUGCUAUGACACAAGGCCGCAAAAACCAGGAGAAGCUGCUAAAGGGAUUUACGGCGGAGAUGGACGUUGCUAAGGACCCCAAGACUGUGGAGAUCAAGGGAAAACUGUGCGUGAAGUAUGCUGAUGAUUUGUUUAAGAUGCUUUGA